UCUGCCUGACCACCCUAGUACCAAGGAAGCCCAGGUGAGUGCCCUGGGGUUUCCGGGGACAAAGGGAGGGAGGAGGAGCCAGGGGAGGCCAAAUAUUGGGAGGUUCUGGAAGGGCUGACCUGGGGACCUGGGCAGGAGAGCCUCUCUAAGCUUCCAGGUCAAGGAGAAAAGCCUUGCCAAGCCAGUGAAGUGCCCUGCACAAAGACUGGGCAAAUGAGCUCUGGAGGGUUGGCCCUAUAGCCCAAUGGGAGGAGGGAAAGAGGGCCUGGCAUUUGUCCCAGAGGAGGGACAGACCAGGGAAUUCACAAAGGCCAUCUCUGCAUUAGUCAGGGACUUGAGGCAGCAGAGAAGGAGGUAUUUGUCUUAUAGCACAAACCACUGAUGGGCUGGCUCCCCUCCCUCUCCCUGGAGUCUGAGAAGUCAAGGGCAGUCGCAUGGAGCAGGAGCAUUUUUUUUUCCACUUCCCAAGUGGGGGUACAGUCCCCUCCAGUGCCAGUUCAUUAAUGGUGGGGUGACUCAGGCCUUUGCCCUGAUAGGGGGGAUGCUGCAGGAGCACCAGACUUAACUCUACAGCUUAGGAACUUGGUGAUCUGGAACAAGUUGCUUCAUCUUUUGAAUCUAAGUUUUUCAUCUGUGAAAUAUGGGUGACAGUAUGUUUUGACAAGGCACAGAACCCUUAGUCUAGGACCAAGCACAAGGAUGGAGCUCAACGGGUUAUCCCUUUGCUCCUUUUCCCCUUCUGCCAGGACAUUCCUGCCAGGCCUCCCGGUGUCUCAUCUGAGGAUGGCGGAGCGGCAGGGCCGGGAGCCUGAGUGCCCUGUCUGCUGGAACCCCUUCAACAACACAUUUCACACUCCCAAAGUGCUGGACUGUUGUCACUCCUUCUGUGUGGAGUGCCUGGCCCACCUCAGCCUGGUAACUCCAGCCCGGCGCCAGUUGCUGUGCCCACUCUGUCGCCAGCCCACUGUGCUGGCCUCUGGGCAGCCGGUCACCGACUUGCCCACAGAUACCGCCAUGCUCACCCUGCUUCGCCUGGAGCCCCACCACGUCAUCCUGGAAGGCCACCAGCUCUGUCUCAAGGACCAGCCCAAGAGCCGCUACUUCCUGCGCCAGCCCCGGGUCUAUACGCUGCACCUAGGCCCUGAGCCCGGGAGCCAAACGGGGCCCCCCCAGGACAUGGGCCCUACCACCAGGUCUCUGCCCAUUCCCAUCCCCAGCCACUACUCUCUGAGGGAGUGUUUCCGCAACCCUCAGUUCCGGAUCUUUUCUUACCUGAUGGCUGUUAUCCUCAGUGUCACUCUGUUGCUCAUCUUCUCCAUCUUUUGGACCAAGCAAUUCCUUUGGGGUGUGGGGUGA